CUUUCCUGUGAGGAGCGCCGCGAUGGCAGAUCAGGUUGAGCUGAAGAAGAAGAGAACCUUCAGGAAGUUCACCUACCGCGGGGUGGACCUGGAUCAGCUGCUGGACAUGUCCCAUGAGCAGCUGAUGCAGCUGUACUGCGCCCGUCAGCGUAGACGGGUCAACAGAGGCCUGAGGCGCAAGCAGCAGUCACUCCUCAAGAGGCUGCGCAAGGCCAAGAAGGAGGCCCCGCCCAUGGAGAAGCCUGAGGUGGUGAAGACUCACCUUCGGGACAUGAUUAUCCUCCCCGAGAUGGUGGGCAGCAUGGUCGGCGUGUACAACGGCAAAACCUUCAAUCAGGUUGAAAUCAAGCCUGAAAUGAUUGGUCAUUACCUUGGAGAGUUCUCCAUCACCUACAAGCCCGUCAAACACGGCCGCCCUGGUAUCGGUGCCACUCACUCCUCCAGGUUCAUUCCUCUCAAGUAAACUGUGCUGGAAAUGCAGUGUAAAUAAAUAAACUCGUUCCGU